AGCAAAAAUGUAACGGGUUGGAUGGAAAAGAGCAACCACUAUCAGCCUGCUGUAGAUUACCAUACAAUGAACGGGUGGCUGGAGUGUGUUAGCAAAGGAUCAGGUAAAAAGUAUUACUACAACACUAGUACUUGCGAGUCUACGUGGGAAGUACCCGCCGAGUUUCUCCGAGCGACUAAAAAGUCAAAACCAGAUAAACCUAGAAUAUCAGAAGCCGAGUUAUCAUCUGAGCAAACACCGAAGAAAUACAAAGGUGAAGGCCUCCUCCUCACUCCGACCACCAAAUCCAACGGAACACACCACAUCCGAACCGGGCCCGCUACCCCCAUCGUGGCAACAACCCAACUCCGUCACGACAACCACCACGACCUGCUCCGUCAUGACAAAGCAGGUGCUGCAUCUCGUGCCUCCAGUUCCACCAGCCGCAGACAAAGCCUAAACCACCGUUCAAGCGAAGCAGAGUAUGUCAGCUUGCACGAAGCCAUCCCCUCUCCCGUUAUAAACCGUGAACACAAAACACAUUCCAACAAUAGUUCACAUAACUCCUCGCCUAUCCAUCACAAGAGAGAUAUGAUGAAAUCAGACAGGGCCCUUAACAACAGUUCAUCUUCAUCUUCCUCUCAAAAACUCAGCAAACUUUUGAGCGCGUCGUUAGAUGUUUCCCAGGAGGAAACCCCCGAUCAGGAAGACAUUAUGCGAACUAAAUUCCUCGAUCCUUCAUCUAUCAGCUUAUUAACGAACCAGCCAGCAGAAAUAUUAGAGCGACAAAGCAAUCAGCUUCAUCAGGAUGCACGGCGCUUACUAGAUGUAGAUUUAUUGCGAACGAUCGCUGAUUGUGCCAAUUUGCGAGCGGUGCAAAACGUGCAAAGCCUGCGAGUGCUAAAUAUAGAACAUAAGUUGAAUAUGCUACGAGAUCAUAUCAAAUGGCUGGAAGAAGGUAACGAUUUUACGUGAUAAAACGUUUGUUGUUGUUCCAUGUGAUAAUGUCAGUUUAUACGGUGCGAGAGUGAGAGUACUCGUGGCUGUGUUAGAGACCAGGUAUUUGGGUUUCAUGAUCACGUGAUCAGAGUUCAGCCCUCAUGAGUUUUGGUAGUCAAACGUUCAUUUAUUACUGAUCAUGGUCUUUCAAUAUUUUCAAGCCCAUCCCUACAUACGUAUUUAAAAAAGCUUGACCAACUGCAACCAGAAUGACAUACAGGUACAAGUUUGCCUAAAAACUAUUUUAAACGACGACUCUAGUUCUGGAUUGGCAUUGUUUGACUACCAUAGCUCUUAGUAUCUAGGCCUAGGGUCCCAGGUUCCUACCACCCACUUUACCCAUCCCCGGCUAAAUUGUUCUAUAAUGAUGAUAAUAUAAGUGAUCAAAUAUAUUAUAUAUAUGAUUUCAGAAGCUUUUUAAUUGUUGUGUUUUUUGUUUGUACUUGGACAUGCCGGCAAGAGUACCGUCGAGCCCGGUCAAGCCCUGAACUUGUCAAUUUUAUAUAAUUGCAACGUGUUGUUACAAAUACUAUUAUGACUUUCAUUGACUUCCUGUCGGCUGUGAUCCAUAUUUUCUGGAAAGUGAAAGUAAAACUAAUGGUAGUUCCCAACUCAAAGUUUCAUGAGUUAAAUCCCCUGAGGGUUGAACUCGUGGCACUAAAGUUGACUUCCUGGAUCUAUAAAUCGGGCAUAGUAGUGAGAAUUGAACUAUGAAAACGUAUUCAAGAUGACUUAUUAAAUUGUAUCAACAAUUUUUCUUUAUUGAUCUAAUAG